CCCUACGUACCCUGCAGACUUUCCGCAGUUACCAGUGUCAAUAUGAAUGUUCUCGUAGCACUUUGCUUUGUGGCCGUGGCGGCCCAGGCCAUCAACGUCGAUUUAAAUAGGAUCGGCACGAUGCAAGUCGUACCCAAGAAUUUAGCUCGCAUAUUGGAAGAGCACCUGUGGACUCCUACCUCCGGUAUGGGGCGUAUUGUUGGAGGAGACGAAGCCACCCCUGGACAGUUCCCUUACCAAGUCGGUCUGUUCGUGAGCGUGGACGAUGGCACUGCUUUCUGCGGAGGUUCGAUCCUCAGCAACGAAUGGAUACUCACAGCCGCUCAUUGCGUGGACACCGCGAGAUCCAUCGAGGUUGUCGUCGGAGCCCACGACAUGGUCCGCCGCUUGGACACAGGCUCCAGAGUCAACGGCAAGAGAUGGUUCACCCAUGAGGACUGGGACACCGAAACCCUUGCAAACGACAUUGCGUUAAUCGAACUCGAAAAACCACUCGAAUUUACCGAUCGCGUCCAGCCAAUACGUCUACCGAAACACUCUCAAACCAGCGAAACCUUCGUCCGUGAAAACGCUAUUGUCUCUGGCUGGGGAAAAGACUCGGAUUAUGCUAAUGGCAUCAGCCCCGUCCUCCGCUGGAUCUGGAACCCUAUCCUGCCUAACAGCGAGUGCAACCAGUGGUACUAUGGUGCAAUUCUACCGAGCCACAUCUGCCUGGAUGGUUCAAACCUUCGCUCUUCUUGCAGCGGCGACUCCGGUGGCCCGUUAGUCACCAAGGAAGCUGAUGGCAAACCCACCCAGAUCGGUUUGGUGUCCUUCGGUAUCUCCCUAGGCUGUGCCAAAAGCUGGCCCAGCGUAUUCACCCGCAUCACCAGCUACCUGGAUUGGAUCGAGACCAACACCAACGUCCGAAGUUUGUUGACCGUUGCUGUCAAACGGAUGCUGGAUACCUUUGUUGACAGGUUAGACGAGAAAGAAGAUUGUCUAAUGAGGCUCGAAAAAGCCAUCAAUCCAUUGCUGGAUGGUAAUGAUCAAGUGGCACUGAUCCUCGACAACUUCCUCAGGGAUAUCAAACAGAUAUUGGAAAACUGUACGGUCUACAAUGAAAAAGAUUCGCCAUUCACGCUCAAGACAGAAGCCCUGGUAAAAGCUUGCAAACAGAACGCUGAACUGUUUAUAUCUGCUGAUCACCCGAUUCAUAAAAUUGUGAAGAUAAUAUCCUCGUUGGAAUUGACGUGGAGAUUCAAAGUGGCUCAGAUGAGCCGUCGUGAUAUUGUUGAGAUAAAGUUAGCAGAUAUGCUAAUCAAAUUAACCGAUCAGAUGAAGAGCCCAGAGAUUGAACAGAUUAUUUCGCCUAAUUAUCUGUCUUUGGAAUGGUUAUAUAUACCCUACGUACCAUUCAGACUUUCAGCAGUUACCAGUGUCAAUAUGAAGGUUCUUGUAGCACUUUGCUUUGUGGCCGUGGUGGCCCAGGCCAUCGACAUCGAUUUUAAUAAGAUCGACACGAAGCGAAUCGUACCCAAGAAUGUGGUUCGCGAAUUGAAAGACCGCCAGUGGACUCCUACCUCCGGCUUGGGUCGCAUAGUUGGAGGAAACGUAGCCACCCCUGGACAGUUCCCUUACCAAGUCGCUCUGUUCAUCAAGCAGUCUGACAGUCACACCGUGUUCUGCGGAGGUUCGAUCAUCAGCAACGAAUGGGUACUCACAGCCGCUCAUUGCGUCGAGUCCACCGCCGAAGUGGCCGUCACAGGCAUCGAGGUCGUCGUCGGGGCCCACGACAUGGUCCGCCGACUGGACACGGGCUUCAGAGUCAACGCCAAGAGAUGGUUCACCCACGAGAACUGGGACACCAAAAACCUCCGUAACGACAUCGCGUUGAUCGUUCUCGAAAAACCACUCGAAUAUACCGAUCGCGUCCAGCCGAUCCGUCUGCCGAAACUGUCAUACGCCAAUUUCACCCACGUCGGUAGAAUCGCGACCGUAUCCGGCUGGGGAAGGGACUCAGACUAUGCCACCGGCAUCAGCCCCGUCCUCCGCUGGACCCGGAACCCCAUCAUAUCAAACGAAGAGUGCAACGGCCCUUUCCUCGGCUCGAUCGAACCGGGCCACAUUUGCCUGGAGGGCUCGAACCUUCGCUCUUCUUGCAGCGGCGACUCUGGCGGCCCCUUGGUCAUCACGGAAGUCGACGGCAAAUUGACCCAGAUCGGUGUUGUGUCCUUCGGAAUAUCCUUCGGGUGCGAGGUAGGAUGGCCCAGCGUUUACACUCGUCUCACCCGCUACGUUGAUUGGAUAAAGGCCCAGACCGGCGACGCCGUACAAGUUCGCUAGAGGUUAGAAAACAUUCUACAAAAGAACUUUACAACUGAGGGACAAACUUGUUCAAAAAAUAAAUAAACGUUUACUCCUGUGUA